AUGUUCAUACACAUAAAUCAGGACGAAUUUGCGGAACGUUUUCGAAUCGGCCCUACAUAUCACAAAUUGGCCGGCAUAUUGAAGUUGGCCAAAACUAAUUAUCCGGUGCUCUUGACGGGUAAUAUAAUGACAGGGGAGCUUCCUCCAAACAAUAUCUUUUUGGGAAAUCAGAACAAACACUUCAAAACGUUCGCACCUGGUGCACUCGCAGAACACGAUCAGAACUUUGGACAACCGGAACAGUUUGUACUGCAAAACGGCGGAAAAACGAUGAAAAAAUCAUUCUUUCGGUGCCUGACUGCUUUACCACCAAAAGGCGGUGCGAGUGGUGGGAUACCGCCAGGUUGUCCAAGCCUAGACAGGGGAAGUCGAGAGGCAGAGGUCGGGUUCGAACCGCGGACGUUCCGGUCAGUAAAUUCGCGCUCUAGUCACAUCAGCCAUCUCGAGCAUCGGAAAAAUGAUGCUCGUUCUUCGAACGCAUGGUACAAAGAAACUGCUCACAGGGUUGCUGGAAACUCUUCGACAGCCCACGACCGGUUUCACCCUUCUUGGGACCCAUCAGGUAAGCGCAGUCCCCGAGUUUCCGUCAACNGUUUUCUUCCUUCAUGGAGCACAUUGCGUAGGCGUAGUCCCCGAAUUUUUGUCAACCAUAUGCUCUACUUGAAUCCAAAUUGGACCGUUUUCGAGAUGAUCAUCAUAAAGUUGACGGAAACUCGGGGACUGCGCGUACCUGAUGAGCCCCAAGAGCGACAAAACCGGUUGUGGGCUGCCGAAGAGUCUUCAGCAACCGUGUUGUCUGUUGACUACAACUCCGGAUCUGUGAACUACUCACUUCAAUAA